GGCCAUAGAAGAUGGAACUUAACACCUUCCUCUCGCUUUGCAUGCCACUCAUCCUGUGCUUUUUCCUCCUCCAAUUUCUGCGCCCAUCAUCCCACGCUACCAAGCUACCGCCUGGCCCAACUGGCCUCCCUAUUUUGGGCUCCCUACUGGAAAUUGGCAAACUUCCUCAUCGCUCACUUGCAAGAUUGGCCAAAAUCCACGGCCCUCUCAUCACUCUCCGCCUUGGCUCCAUCACCACCGUCGUCGCCUCCUCUCCCCAGACAGCCAAACUAAUUCUCCAAACACAUGGCCAGAACUUCCUGGACCGUCCUGCUCCCGAGGCCCUCGACAGUCCUCAAGGCACAAUCGGAUGGAUUCCUGCGGACCAUGUAUGGCGCAGCCGCCGCCGUGUUUGCAUCAACCACUUGUUCACAUCCCAGAGCCUGGACUCACUCCAACACCUUCGAUACAAAAAGGUGGAACAACUUCUCCAACAUAUCCGUAAGCACUGUGUUUCCGGUACACCGGUGGAUAUCGGCCUACUCACCUCUGCCAUCAACUUGAACGUGCUUUCAAACGCCAUUUUCUCUGUUGACCUUGUUGAUCCAGGAUUUGAGUCGGCUCAGGAUUUCAGGGAUCAGGUGUGGGGAAUCAUGGAGGGUGCUGGCAAGUUUAAUAUUUCAGAUUAUUUUCCCAUGUUUCGAAGGUUCGAUUUGCUAGGUGUGAAGCGCGACACUUUCUCAUCUUAUAAACGGCUUUAUGAAAUAGUUGGUGGUAUAAUCAAAAGCCGUAUCAAGUGUAGAGCCUCCAAUCCGAUGAGCAGGAAUGACGACUUCUUGGAUGUGAUUCUUGAUCAGUGCCAAGAAGAUGGCUCUGUUUUCAAUUCUGAUAAUAUCCAGGUUUUGAUUGUGGAACUAUUUUAUGCUGGAAGUGAUACAUCUACCAUAACAACUGAAUGGGCAAUGACUGAACUUCUUCGAAAUCCUCGGCUGAUGCACAAGGUUCGGCAAGAACUUAGCGAAGUAAUUGGGGCAGGUCAAAUGGUUAGAGAAUCAGAUAUGGAUCGACUUCCAUAUUUUCAAGCUGUUGUGAAAGAGACGCUUAGACUCCAUCCGGCUGGGCCUCUUCUGUUACCUUUUAAAGCAAAGAAUGAUGUGGAAUUAUGCGGUUUCACCAUACCCAGUAACAGUCAUGUCAUCGUCAAUAUGUGGGCUAUUGCAAGAGAUCCAAGUUAUUGGGAGGAUCCUUCAUCCUUCCUUCCCGAAAGAUUCUUGGGCUCUAAGAUAGAUUAUAGAGGCCAAGAUUAUGAGUAUAUACCAUUUGGAGCAGGUAGGCGAAUCUGCCCAGGCAUACCUCUUGCCAUCAGAAUGGUUCAACUAGUGUUAGCUUCCAUUAUCCACUCCUUCAACUGGAAGCUUCCUGAAGGAACCACUCCACUGACCAUUGACAUGCAAGAAAAAUGCGGAGCUACCUUGAAGAAGGCCAUUCCUCUUUCUGCCAUUCCAUUUAUCGAAGAAAAUUAAGAUCGACUCUUCAUGAGUCCAUCUUUUCUUCCUUCAAUUUGGGACUGUUGUGGCUACCUAUCUUUUCUAUCUAUAUAUGUACAUAACUAGAAUGCCUUGUGCAUUGAAGUCGCCAUGAUAUUAUAGCUAGCUCACUGUACUUGAUAUAUCAUCCUUGUGGCCAGCAAGUGUGCUAGCUCUUGCAUGUAGGUCAUCUUGAAUGCUUAUGUUUUUAUUCUGGAGCUCUUAAUUCUUCCUCCUCUCACC